CUUGGAAAAACAGUGUUCAUUUUGGGGUUUGGAAAUAUUGGGAUUGACUUGGCAAGUCGUUUGCGUCCGUUUGGUGUAAAAAUUAUUGCUACAAAACGGAGCUGGGCAUCACACUCACAAGAUUCUUCCCAGUCUAAUGGAGCUCCAGUUCAAAAUGGUAGCACAUAUGAUUUGGUUGAUGAAAAAGGUGUUCAUGAAGAUAUUCACGAGUUUGCAAGCAAAGCAGACAUCGUUGUUUGCUGCUUAAGUUUAAAUAGUGAAACAGUUGGCACUGUAAACAAGUCAUUCAUAUCUUCAAUGAGAAAGGGUGCCCUUUUAGUAAAUAUUUCUCGAGGGGGUCUUCUGGACUAUGAGGCUGUUCUUUAUCACCUCGUGUCUGGCCACUUAGGAGGCUUGGGCAUUGAUGUUGCUUGGACUGAGCCAUUUGAUCCUGAUGAUCCAAUUUUGAAGUUCAAGAAUGUUAUAAUCACACCUCACAUUGGUGGAGUUACAGAACAUUCUUACAGAUCCAUGGCUAAGGUGGUUGGCGAUGUUGCUCUUCAACUUCAUGCAGGUAGUCCUUUGACAGGUAUAGAAUUUGUCAACUGAAUUCAGUCAAGAGAAGUGUUUGAUCGUGCAGCUAUUAUUGGUGGAGGAGUUUGAUGGGAUUUCUGUCAAUUGAAUGGAGUUGUAUAAGUGAUUAGAUGAUAAAGAAACCUCCCAAACUGAAUGAUAAAAACCCUUUCUCCCUUUCCCCCCGCUUUGAAUAAAAAAAUAAAUAAAAAAAAAGAAAAAGAAAAGAAGAUAAAAGUCAUUUCAUUUUUUUGGGAUUUAAGGAUAUCUUAUCUACAUAAAUUGUUACUGCCAUGUAGGGGUGAGCAACGGGCGGGUUAAAACGGCCUGCAUGCUCAAAGCCCUUUCCCUCACUCUCUCAUUCUCCAUUUCUCUUAGCUCUCUCAUUCUCCCCUCUCAACAUUGUCGAGGACUUCACAACUUUAAGAUCUAGGAAAGUGAAGAGCAAGAUUUGACAGUUGAAAAAAUGCCUUCAUGCCUAUUGUUGUGUCUAAGGGAGAAAAUGAAUUAUAGAAGUUUUGACAACUGUGAGAAAACUUUGAAGGAGCUUAAGUCGUUAUGUGUCUAUACCUAGUAUAUUUGGACCACAGUUUUUGUUUAUAUAUCUAUUGGUGAUUUGUUGUCA